AUGACCAUCGCAUGGAUCGUGCUGUGGCUGUUCAGUUGGCUUAAGCAAGCGGACCCCGUGUGCUCCCCCACCAGCUACUACAGGAACUGCUGGAUCCGCCGCUUUCCCGGGCUCUACAUCGCCGUGGAGGAGUCAGAGCGCAGAGGAGCCGCUCUGCUGCAGCUCUAUCAGGAGGAGAGCGCGCUCCAGUGCAGCCGCGCCUGCUGCCUCGCCGCCAACUUCUCCUGUAACCUGGCUGUGUAUCAUUACAACACCACUCAGGACAGUGCCAACUGCUUUCACCUCCACUGCCCAACACUGGAAAGCUGCAUCCUCCGCCAAAGAGGCAAUGUCAUCCUCUAUAAUGUUACUAAAGGUGUGGAUCCUGACCUGCUGGUGUUUGGGAAACACUUUACCUCUAACUUCCAAGUGCUGCCUAACCAUGCCUCGUCCAGGGUCAAUGUCUCUGAACCCUUCGCCUCUGACAAGCGUCAGUUCAACCGGCCUCACAUGGUACCGAGCAGCUCUACUCACCCUGCCACUCCUGCCACCAGCACAAGUACAUCUACCAUCUCACCUACAUCUGAAGUGCCUGUCUCUACUUCUCCUGUCUCCACUGAUUCUACCCACAAUAUCCCUCCUGCCCCUUCCAUUCAGAGAUCCACCCUAAGGAGCCCCACUCAACCCAGUGCAACUCAAGUUAUUGCCAAUCAUUCACCACAUCCCACUACUACUGCUUCCACCAAAUGGGCAUCCACAGCUCCACAGAGUACAUUGCGACCUUCAUCUGUGUUCUACACAUCUCAGAACAGCUUGACUUUACCUUCCCAGCCUCCUUCCACUGCCAAAACAGUUUCAUCAUUCCCCAGUCAGCCCACACCAGGCUCAACAUACCAGCCUACAACCACCACAUGGGCAUCCACGACAGCCUCUACAACUGGUGAAACCACACUGGCAUCCACAACAGCACCUACAACCAGUCAAACCAUGGUGGCAUCUACAAAAGAAUUUGUAACCAGUCAAACCACAAUGGCGUCUACCACUAGUCAAACUGCAUGGGCAUCCACAACAGCAUCUCCAGCCAGUCACACCUCAUCUACCACCUUCAUUACCCUGAGUUCAUCUAACAGUACAACACUCAACAGCAAACCUACAACAACCCCACUCAUCAGUACUCAACAAAACACUACAGAUAAGACCUCAGUCCACAGUACACUUGCUACAGUCCAGCUAAACUCUACAAAUGCAGCCUCAGCACUGACCCCUCUUACUACGCUGAAAACAACAACUACACAACCACAGAUGCCUGGAAGCCAGGCAACCAUAGCUUGGCCCUAUCUUCAGCCUACAAACACUAUAUCUUCAAACCCUACAGUAGCAGAAGGAGGUAACACUCAGUCCCCAACAACAGAUGGCCAAGUGGAUACCUCCACCAAUGGAACUACCACUGAGCAUUCCACAACCUCUUCUGGUUCCACAACCUCAACUACACUUUCUUCACCUCCAGCAGCUUCAGUGACCACCUCACUGACCACCCCUACCAGCAUGGAGGACAGCCAGCCAUACCCCAACGACACAAAAGGAUACAUAAGCCGGAACAUUACAACAGGUGACAGCCCGCGGCCUGGAGGCGACGGAGGCUUAACACCAGUGUGGCAUUUAGCAGCUAACACUGUCCUGGUUGCCUUGGCAACUUGCGCAACCAUAGCGUUCGGUUGUUGCUGUUCAGUGCUUAUGGCGGUGAGCUGGAGGGGUAGGAGGAGGAGGAAGGGGAGAUACCGGACUACUCUAAGAGGCAAGAGCGGCUCUAUGAGACUUAUCAAGUACGUCAUUGUGAGAGAGAGCUCGUAAGACUGGAAGAACUCAUAAGGUUCGAAGGUGUUUUUUGUUGUAGGAGCUGCUAAUAAAUGUAACUUUUGUAUGUCCCAGUCACAAUUCACUCUGACAAAAGUGCGGAAAGUAUCCUCGCAUCAUCAUCAUCAUAGCUAUGUUCCACAGAAGGAUGAAGAAAUUGGCAAUCCAUAUAUUAUGUGUGAGACUAAGAAGGAACUAUGUGUGUAAACCUGA